AUGGCCGCCUCGCCAUCCCAGCAUCCGUCGGCUACCAUCGACCUGGAAUCCGCUCAGCAUGUCCACCAGGUCUACACUUAUCUCGAUAGAGUCGGCGUUCCAGGGGACGGAUUCCAUGAAGGCAUCGAAAGAACACGUGAACAUCGGAGGCUAUCAGCCCUGGCCUCACUCACCCAACUUGCUGCUGCUGCCCAUUCAGACUCUCUCUCGGACGCUGAGAUCCAGAUUUUAGGGAACGCGGAUCGAUAUGGAUUCUUCAAACCGAUGUCUUCCGAACGUGUACUGUAUCUGCCAUCAGAUGCAUUCUAUCCAACCCCCGUCGCGACCACCUCAGAUCCUAUCCUAGCCACUAGCCCCUCAUCACUCAACUCGACCAACCACGACUUAUUGAUCCAGGAGACCAACCGGAUCGAAAAAUGGACAGACAUGUUGACCGCGAGCUCACGUGAUUCAGGUUCAAGUCAAUCAGCCUAUCAACUCAGGCCAGAAUGGAAUCAGCAGCGAGCUCGUUUCGAGAAAAGAUGUUUCAAGGGUAUCCCAGAUCGUUGGAGGCGAGCUGCCUGGGAGAUGCUUUUGGCCGAAAGCGAUCAUCAUCGCCAAGCCUCAACAAGACCUACGAUUCAACGUCUACACCAACAGUUCCAGGCUUUGCUUACCACUCCUAGUGAACAGGACGUCCAAAUUGAUCUAGACGUUCCCCGAACAAUCAAUGGCCACAUCUUCUUCCACACUCGCUAUGGCAAAGGGCAGCGGGCACUUUUCCAGGUACUACACACCUUCGGAAUGUACUGUAAAACAUGUGGAUAUUGCCAAGGCAUGGGACCCAUUGCAGCAACACUUUUGAGUUACUUUAGUGCGGAGGAUGCAUUUGUCUGUAUGGUUCGAAUUCAUGACAAUCUUCAGUUUCACAACAUCUUCUCGCCCGGUUUUCCUGGAUUAUUGGAAUGCUUUUAUAUCCAGGAACGGCUAAUUGAACAUUUAAUACCAGCUGUUCAUGCCACCUUUGAUAAGCAGAUGAUAUCAAGCUCAGCAUAUGCGACGAAAUGGUACAUCACGAUCUUUGCGAAUACGGUACCAUAUGAAGCCCAAUUAAGGUUAUGGGACGCCUUCUUCUUGAAAGGAAUGGACGUCCUCAUCCUCGCAGCGGUUUCACUUGUUUAUAGUCUGAGGAGCAAGAUCGGACCAGGUCAUGAUUUCGAGGAGAUAUUAUCGACGCUGGGCGGUCGCUUCGAGAUGGAAAACUCGUUCCGCUGGCUUCGGUCGAUCCGCAAACUCUACAAUCGCCAAGACAUUCAAGACCUCAUUCAAGAGUCCCGCUCCCAGUGGAAUUCUUUCGUCCGUGAUGGAUCAGCAUCAAAACGUGUCACAUAA